CAGAAGAAAGAGUCGAGCUAACUAGUCUGAUCCGGGAACAGUCGACAAAGUCCCUUGAGAUUAACAGAAGUUUCCAAAGGGCAUUGAAACAUCAUUUAGAAAGAGUUGAGGAAGCUUAUGUCAGGAAUAAAAAGCUCAAAACAGCUCCAGGAAGUCUCAAACAGACUCAGAGAAGACGAACAAGCGCCACUGAUCCUAGAAUCAAGCAAAAGUCGGCUAGGUCCUCCUUACUUUAUUGACCAGAAUGGCGAGGCACCACCGGAUAACGAAGAUGUGCUAUUGCAAAAGAAACGACCCGUUAUUCCGAAUGUAAAACCCAGAAAAUGGACGCAGCAGGAACGUAUGAGCCUUAAGACAGGCGUAAUAUCGGAGAAUAAACGGAUACUGUUUGAAAAGUUUCUAGCAGAUGGAGAUAUUGCUGGCAUACAAUCACUAGAUAAGGCACCGGAUUUAGAUAUGAUGCUAAAUACCAAGGGGCUCGACUGGAUACGCAUUUCACAGCGGUUCGUUGAAACUAGAUCGCCGUCAGAAUGUCUUAUUCGGUGGACAGGACAUGACCAUCCAGGUAUCAAUAAGGAUGAUUGGACCAGAUAUGAGCUCGAAAAGAUGGUCAAACUAGCAAAGAAGCACCAGGAGCGUAAUUGGAUUCAGAUUGCGCUAGAUCUUGAUACGAAUCGAACAGGUGCCGAGUGCUUCAAGAAAUACCAGUCACGAAUGACAAGAGCCAUAUCACAAGAGACAUGGACAAAGGAAGAAGACGCUCUAUUAAUGGAGGUAGUUCAAGUCCUAGGUGAACAAAGUUGGGAACAGGUAUCCUACUGUUUUGAGGAUCGUACGGCAGUUCAAUGUAUGCAUCACUGGACAAAGUGUUUAAACCCAAGUAUUCGACGUGGACGCUGGCAGAAGGAUGAGGAUGGUGCUCUCAGGGCAGCAUUGGCUGUGUAUGGGGAAAACCGCUGGAUUAAGAUUCAGCAGCAUGUUCCAGGACGGACAGAUGUUCAGUGUCGAGAAAGAUAUAUGAAUGUACUCGCGCCAAGCAUCAAAUCUGGAGCCUGGACCCCAGAAGAAGUUGAACGGCUACUGGACCUAGUCAAAAUACAUGGUGAAGGAAAAUGGGCUCUAAUCGCCUCCAAGAUGGACGGACGAACCGACAAUCAGUGCGCACGACGUUACAGGCACGCUUGUAGAGAGAAUAAUUAUUGGUCUGCGAACCGUCGAAAAGGUCGGACAACAAUUUCCCAACUACCGGAUACCGAGGAAGACAUGGCAGUCAUCAGAAGACUUGCAGAGCAAAUUAGAAGAAAGAAAAGAUUUGAUGAACACCUACAAAGACAAAUGGACUUGGAGAAGAUAAAGAUUGUUCGGCAACAGGACGCUACUAUGCAGUUAGACUAUGAACAGUUCCUUGAAGGACAAUGCUACAUCUAUAAUAUGUGGAAUACUCUCUGGGGACAAUAUCUAGAUCCCAUCGAACAUGUCUUCAAUAUCGGCAUCCCAGUCAUGUCGUCAACGCAGUUGAUGAAGAAUCAUAUGGAUGAGCCAGAACCUGAUUUUAACUAUACAAGUAGAAACAAAGUUCCAGAUCCCGCAUCCGUACUGCGGCCGGGCAAAGUCCGACCUGUGCCGCCCUGUUUAGCGACCAUAGAUGCUUUUUCGCGAUUGAUUCAGCAAGGGGAGCACUCGGAUUAUCGAUUCAGGCUGAAGCAUGUGAGAGAGACAAAAGCAACUAAAAUCUAUCCAUUGAAGACGCUACCUCUUUCUGUAGAAGAGCAGCGAAGCCCAGAAUACAUAGAGUUGGCAGAGCGUUUCGAAGCUGUAUUCAUGUGGCCAAUGUUGGUAGGGAUGCUACAUAUGGAUACCGCAAAGAAGACGGUCGAUGCGCUAACUGGAGGGAACAAGAAACGAAAGCAAGGGGUAUAGGGUUGAAACUAGCUGUACUCAUUAUAAUAUCACCAGACUCCUUUGCUGCAAAGGAUAUGCCUUUAUCAUUCUGGAGCAGCCCCUGUAUC